ACCAAACCGAUCCAUCGCGUGCCUUCUCCUCCAAUGUCGACCAGUUCCGGCUGCUCAAACCUAUCAAACAUUCAAGCUGACCACGGAAUUCAGGUCUACUAUCCGCCGUCGUCCCUGAAUCCACUUCACUUUCUCCAAUCUUCAAAACGGAACCGAAAAUCACUGGAUAAUAGACGGAUCCAUCGGUGUAGUCAACCAGGAUGCAAUAAAGUCUACACCAAAAGCUCGCAUCUCAAAGCUCACCAACGAAUUCAUACAGGAGAAAAACCCUAUUUUUGCCAAUGGCCGAGAUGCUCCUGGACUUUUGCAAGAUCUGAUGAACUUACGAGGCAUUAUCGGAAGCACACUGGUGCUAAACCUUUCCGCUGUCCUGCCUGUUCCAGAUGUUUUGCCAGAAGCGACCACCUACAGCUACACAUGAAACGCCACGAAAUUAAGAAUGACGCUCUGCCAGAUCUGAAUCCUGAUGAAAUUGUUAUGAUUGAAAUGUGA